UGAGUAAACUAGACUUAAUGAAUAAGAUGCUCAAAAAUUUUCAUCGAAAAAUUGAACCGGGAACCACCCCAAAUGGCGUCGGACGUAAAGAGCAUCCUAUAUAUGACCUUAUUUGACAUUUUUUUGUGAGUUCGAGGUCCUAUUUGACCCUUAUACCAAGAAAAUUUGAUUUGCUCACUUAGUUCCAUAAAUUAUGCUUGUGAUCAUUAUAAGUUCUAUAUAUAUUCACUCCAUUGCAUAGAAUCUCCUGUAAUUAAUGAAUUUUCUACAUUAGGAACACUUCUGUUGGAAUGUGUAAACCGAAAAGCUCACAAGAACAUAUGUUGCCGGUAUUGACUAUUGAGUUCUCGACAGGAAGUGUACAUUAUAUUCUGAUACAAAUGAAGUUAGAAAACUAAUAAUUAAUGACCAUAUGCUUAUGUUAUGACACUAAAUCUGAUUUUUUUAUACUAGUAUAUAAAUGAUGUUCCACAUGUAAUAUAUGACAAAUAAGAGUGUUUAAGGUUAUUUCUUAAUGCAAAAUUGGUAAAAAAUAUGCGAGAUUUCUGGCCAGUGCCAUUUUUGUUUGGAAAGAAGGGGAACCAUAUGUAUUUUUAGUUACAUAAAUUGAGGUGACAAACACUACAAUAUGUGUAGUGAAUAGAUCACAAGUUUUAUUUAUUUAUAAUAUUAUUAUCCGAGUUCAGUAACGUAAUGAUGCAAUUAUACAAUUUUAUUCUCAACGAACAAAAAACUUCAUUUAUUCCAGCACAAUGAUAAAAAUCAAAUUAAUUAUUACAAGGACUAGUUAAUCACACAAUACAUGCAUGCAUAUAUGGCUGCAGAAUGUAGUACGACAACGCCACCGGAAGUGAUUCCUCCUCCACCAGCUGUCGCAGACAACAACAAGCAGCAGGCAGUAGACAAAGGGAGCGUAGAAAGUGGAAAUUCCAACGCCAAGACUUUCACUUUCCGGGAGCUCGCGAGUGCAACAAAGAACUUCCGGCAAGAAUGCCUCAUAGGUGAAGGCGGAUUUGGAAAAGUAUUUAAAGGAACACUUCCAAAUGGGGAGGUAUAUUUCGCUAAUUCAAACCUAGUAAUCAAACCCUUUCCAUUAUAGCUAAAUAGCUAAUUCAAUAUAGCAAUACGAACCAAUGUUGGGUCUAUAUCUUCUAUUUACUUCAAUGUUGCGCUUAUUGAUCCAAUAUGAUCCAGGAUUAUUAUAACUUUUCAGUCUAGAUCUUUUGGAAAUGCAAUCAAUAUUUCUUUUUAUGAUUUUUUUUUUUGCAAUGUAUCUAAGCAUAAAAUUAAGAGAAAAUUAAGAGAAAGCAAGACUCCUAAUUCAUACUCGGCUAAAUGAGGCUCUGUUACUACUUACGUAGUACUAUAUUAAGCUUUGACACUACAUAAAAAUUAUCUCUGACAAGUUUAAGAUCUUACAUCUCUGUAGCUAAACGUCCCUCUAAAUGCAGGUUGUUACUGUUAAGCGGCUUGAUAGGACAGGAGCACAUAACAGUAAGGAGUUCUCUGUUGAAGUGCUGGUCUUAACCCUUCUUAGCCAUCCUAAUCUUCUAAACCUUAUUGGCUAUUGCGCUGAUGGAGAACAAAGACUUUUGGUCUAUGAAUACAUGCCAAUUGGUUGUCUCCAAACCCAUCUUUUUGGUGAGCAGUAAAUAGAAUACGGAGUUUCAGUUUAAGGUGUACAGAUCUCUGGACAUCAUAUUAUUUGUUUUUAACUUUGGCUUCAUUUGUGUAACAAUUGCAGACAUUCCAGAGCAUAAAGAGCCACUGAAUUGGUCGACUAGAAUGAAAAUAGCCUCUGGAAUAGCCCAAGGACUAGAAUAUUUGCACGAAAAGGCCAACCCUCCCAUCAUAUAUAGAGAUUUGAAAUCUUCAGCCAUUUUGUUGGACGAAGAUUAUAAUCCCAAGCUUUCUGAUUAUGGUCUUGCUAAGCUUGAGGGGGGAGGGGGAAGCAAUACACUCUUAAAACCAAGGGUUAUGGGAACCGGUUAUUGUGCGCCAGAGUACGAAAGAACCGGCGAGCUCACUUUGAAGUCUGAUGUUUACAGUUUUGGUGUGGUUUUGGUUGAGCUCAUUUCAGGCCGCCGAGCCGUGGACACAGCAAGACCAAUAGAUCAACAAAAUUUAGUGGAGUGGGCAAGACCCAUUUUCAGGGAUCCAAAAAGGUUCUCAGAAAUGGCAGAUCCACUUAUGAAGAACGCAUUUCCAAUGACAAGUUUGAACCAAGCAGUUGGCGUCGCCGCCAUGUGCCUCCAAGAAGAAGCAUCAGUACGCCCUCUGUUCGGUGACGUCGUUGCCGCUCUUAGUUUCCUAGCAGCGGCUCCAAUCGAAGAACCACCAGUCCCCGCUGCACCACUUCUGGACCCGAACCAACCAUCACCGGAGAAUCCAAA